AUGGAUGAUGAGCAACACUUGAUCGACUUUCAACUCUCGCACAAGAGCUACAUCGCCGAGUUGUGGAUAUAUGGAAUUGGUGUCUUUCUCGGGACGAUCGCUGUCAUCGUGACCGCCAGGCGGCUUUAUGGACAACGCAGGAAUAACUUUGUAAUUGCUGCUCGUUUAAUGUCCUAUAAAGUCUCACUAACAAUCGCCGAUCUCAUCAUUUUAUUCAUCUACGCACCCACACAAUUCAUCUGGAUAAGCACAUUUUAUUGGUACGGCGGUGAUUUCAUGUGUCGAGCUUAUAAAUUCAUCAUGACUUUUGGCUUUCAUUUGACAGCGAAUAUGCAGGUGCUGAUAGCUCUGGAUCGCCUCUACAUCACAAGUCGACUCAAUCAUGUGACGAAUGUGAGAAAGAAUAGUGGACAGGGAAGGUUUACUCGCUAUGGUCACAAUGCGUACAUCGUUUUUGCCUAUCUUCUCGCUUUCUCUUGUGCUCUUCCACAACUCUUCGUCUUUCAAUUGACCCAACUCGAGAAUGGGAGUACUCAAUGUACAAGUGUUUGGACUCUUGCUCGAAAAGUCUACUAUCAAGAGAAAGCUGAAUAUUUUAUGAAAGAAUUGGAAAGAAGCGGGAAAUAUAAUUUGGACAUUAAAUUGACAGAAAGUGAUUUGGAUCAUAUACGAGAACUCGCACAAAGUUUCAACAUCACAAUUCCAAAAGAAAUCUUGAAAUUGGAAAAGGAAAAAUAUCAAUUUCUCUUCAUUGAACAGAUCUACAAUAUUUUCCAUUUGGCUUCAAUUUGUGUGAUUCCUUAUCUAAUCGAAUUACUUUGUUAUGCGAGUAUUCUCUAUUUGUUAAAAGGCGCGAAGAAAGGGCAAUUCUUGAGCAUCAAUGAUAUCGCAAAAAUGAGAUGGAAAUGGUGUGCACUGCCAUCAUUAUUCCGUCGUCGUCCUAAAUACAAACAAGCGAACGACGGGCAAAUUAGUCUGAACACCGAACGAACCGAUUUUGGUGAUUGUGAGCGAUUGCAGGUUAAAAAUGGGACACUUGAUGAUGAAAAUUGUGUCAAGAAUGCUUUAAUUAGUGAAGAUCACUCAGCCAGACGCUCAUCAUUAAUCAUUUCCUUUGAUGGUCGUAGUACAAUCUCUUCCGAUUGCGCCACAGCUCCACUUGUCUCCGAUUCAACGCGAUGUCACUCAUCAAAUACGAAUCCAAACUCCGAACGAUCUACUCACAGCACGUCUCCCGGUCUACUUCUAUCAGUGCAAAAUGUUUUAUACAAAUAUAAAAGGGGAAGUGUUGCCACUCCUGGCCCUCUUCGACCAGGAUGGAUCAAGAAUUUGAAUGAAAAGCGACGAGCAUCGUGUCCAGAAAGUGUGCAUAAAGAUGUGAAACCAUGGAUGAAUACAGUGGCGGUGGCGAGAAGGAAUACAAGGAGAAAGGCUUUCUGGAUGUUGACUCUCAACCUGAUCUUCUGGGCUCCUUACUGUAUUCUCGGAAUUGUCACAGCUGUCACCGUCUUCGAGAAUUACAUUCAUUUUCAAUUUGUUUGCGCUUUAUUAGUUUUCAAUGCUGUCACAAAUAUCCUUUUG